GGCAAUGCACCACAGUAGUAAGAGAAUUUUAAAGUUCACACACAGUUUUAUAUUUUGUUCAUUUUUGGCACACAAGGACUGCUGAACAGUUGGCUGAACAAAACCUUCGGAGUAAUGUUGAGGAUUAUAUUAAAGAAGGCAACGGUACUUUUCUUUCCAUGUUUCAUUCAACUGAGUUGCCUUCAUCCCAAAGUUUUUGCAGAUAAAACUGUCAUAAGUGAAGUUGGAACUGAUGCUUUAUUGCCAUGUAGUUAUCCAGAUACUCCUGUCAGUAAUGCAAAGAUUUACUGGCAAACUGCUUCUGGAAAACCUGUGCACUAUUUCAUCGAAGGCAAAGAUAAUCUAAACAAGCAGGAGCCGGAAUAUAAUGGAAGGACUCGACUUUUUCCCAGUGAGCUGCAAAAGGGAAAUUUUUCACUUGAAUUAAAACAUCUGACCAAAUCGGAUCAAGGAGUUUAUGUUUGCAUCAAUGUCCCAAUCUCACAAAAGCAAUAUAUUGAACUUAUUGUUAAAGAUGUUGAAAAGAAAACUACACCUCAAGGAAAUUCCACCAAAGAAGUCAGGGAUGGAAACGGCAGUUCCCAGAUAAAAGUGGAAGUUCCUCUUCUUAUUCUUCUAGUAUUAUUUCCUGUAGUUCUUCAAGAAUCCAUGUGAAAUGAGUGUCAAGGGAUGGGGCUUAAAAACAGGGCCUGUUAAAUCCCAU